AUGCGCCGCCUUUCACCGCGGGCACUGCUGCAAUCAGCAAGGCCACCGCUUCUGGCCGCUGCUAGGCCACUACCACCCUCACCCCUCCCCCUCUUUCCUUCCCAGGCUGCGGCACUUGCGUCAACCUCAUCUCCUCGACUACCUCGACCUCGCCGUUCCCCUCUCCGUUCUUCCCUCUCCCAACCUCCCAAACGCUACUGUUCCUACCGCAGAAUGUGUGGCUCUCGACGUGGCGACGUUUCGGGCUCGACCAAUGUCCAGGGCCGCGAGGUCCUGCCCACCAAUGUCAAGCCUCUGCACUACGACUUGACUCUCGAGCCCAACUUUGACAAAUUCACCUAUGACGGAACGGUUGUUAUUGAUCUCCAGGUGAACGAGGAUACGGACUUCGUUUCCCUCAACGUGAACGAAAUCGAAAUCCACAACGCCGUUAUUUCCUCAAAGGGCGUGGUGGUCGAGUCCAAGCCGGAGAUUUCCCACAAUGGAGAUGCUCAGGUCGCUACCAUCAAGUUCGGCACCGCCAUUGCGGCCGGGUCCGAUGCGCAGCUGAAGCUGACCUUCACCGGUAUCCUGAAUGACAACAUGGCGGGCUUUUAUCGGUCAUCGUACAAGGAUAAGAACGGCGAGAAGAAGUAUCUUGCCUCAACCCAGAUGGAGCCCACAGACGCCCGCAGAGCAUUCCCAUGCUUUGACGAGCCUGCCCUCAAGGCCAAGUUCACCAUUACCCUGGUUGCCGACAAGAGCAUGACCUGUCUGAGCAACAUGGACGUUGCCUCGGAGACCGAGGUCCAGGGUGGGAAGAAGGCUGUCAAGUUCAGCACCUCGCCGUUGAUGUCGACUUAUCUCGUUGCCUUCAUUGUCGGACACCUCAACUAUAUUGAAAACAACAGCUUCCGUGUUCCCAUUCGCGUCUACGCCACCCCGGAUCAGGAUAUCGAGCACGGUCGCUUUUCGUUGGAUCUUGCUGCCAAAACCCUGGCAUUCUACGAGAAGGCCUUUGACAGCGAGUUCCCGCUGCCGAAGAUGGAUAUGGUUGCCGUGCCGGACUUCAGCGCCGGUGCAAUGGAGAACUGGGGUCUGAUCACCUACCGUAUCGUUGAUGUGCUGCUGGACGAGAAGGCCAGCGGUGCUUCGCGCAAGGAGCGUAUCGCUGAAACGGUCCAGCAUGAGCUGGCCCACCAGUGGUUCGGUAACCUGGUGACGAUGGACUUCUGGGACGGUCUGUGGCUCAACGAGGGUUUCGCCACGUGGAUGUCGUGGUACUCGUGCAAUGUCUUCUACCCCGAGUGGAAGGUCUGGCAGAGUUAUGUUAUCGAUAACUUGCAGGGUGCCCUCUCUCUGGACUCGCUGCGCAGCAGUCACCCGAUUGAGGUCCCUGUCAAGCGUGCCGAUGAGAUCAACCAGAUUUUCGAUGCCAUCUCCUACUCCAAGGGUUCUUCUGUCCUGCGCAUGAUCUCCAAGUACCUGGGAGAGGAUGUUUUCUUGCAGGGAGUGCGGAACUACAUCAAGAAGCAUGCCUACGGCAACACCGAAACUAGUGAUCUGUGGGCUGCGCUGGCUGAUGCCAGCGGCAAGCCUGUCAGGAAGGUUAUGGAGAUCUGGACCAAGAACGUUGGGUUCCCGGUCGUCAGUGUCACGGAGAACCCUGAUGCAUCUUCCAUCCACCUGAAGCAGAACCGGUUUUUGCGCACGGGCGACGUGCGUCCCGAGGAAGACACCACUCUCUACCCUGUGAUGCUCGGCCUGCGCACCAGAUCGGGUCUCGACGAGGAUACCAUGCUGACAGAGCGUGAGCGUGAAUUCAAGGUUCCUGACUUGGACUUCUUCAAGCUCAAUGCCGACCACUCCGGUCUCUACCGCACCUCGUACACACCUGAACGCCUCAAGCAGCUGGGCAAGGCAGCCAAGGAUGGCCUGCUGACCGUCGAAGACCGCGCCGGCAUGAUUGCGGACGCAGGUGCCUUGGCUGCUUCCGGUUACCAGCACACCUCUGGUCUGCUGUCGCUGCUUCAAAGCCUGGACACCGAGUCGGAGUUUGUGGUUUGGAACGAGAUCUUGACUCGCAUUGGCUCCCUGCGCGGUGCCUGGCUCUUCGAGAGCCAGGAGACCAAGGAUGCUCUCAAGGCUUUCCAGCGCAAGCUGGUCAGCGCCAAGGCCCACGAGCUGGGCUGGGAGUUCUCCGACAACGACGGCCACAUCCUGCAGCAGUUCAAGGCUCUCAUGUUCGGCUCUGCCGGUGCAGCCGGGGACCUCACCGUCGUCCAGGCAGCCAAGGACAUGUUCGCCCGCUUCGCAGACGGCGACCUUUCCGCCAUCCACCCUAACAUCCGCGGCAGCGUCUUCACCAUCGUGCUGAAGAACGGCAGUGCCAAGGAGUACGACGUCGUUCUCGACCGGUUCCGCAAUGCCGCUACCUCGGACGAGAAGACUACUGCCCUGCGCUGCCUCGGUGCCGCCGAGGACCCGGCCCUCAUCCAGCGCACCCUCGACCUCGCCAGCGGCGAUGAGGUCAAGAACCAGGAUAUCUACAUGCCCCUUGGCGGUCUGCGCAACCACCCCGCUGGCGUUGAGGCCCGCUGGACCUGGCUCAAGAAGAACUGGGACAGUAUCUAUAAGCGCCUGCCUCCGUCCCUCGGCAUGCUGGGCACGGUUAUCCAGUUGUCUACGUCUAGUUUCUGUACCGAGGCACAGCUCAAGGACGUUCAAGAAUUUUUCGAUGCCAAGGAUAGAAAGGGCUACGACCGUGCCGUCGAGCAAAGCUACGACGCUAUCCGCGUUAAGACAUCCUGGCUCCAGCGUGACCGCGAUGAUGUGGACCAGUGGCUGCGUGGGAACAGGUAUCUCGGGAGCAAGCUGUGA